AUGCAUAAAGUGUCAUUCAAGGUGGACGUGUUUGUCUUACCUCUCGGUGGAAUUGAUAUUGUCUUAGGCGUUCAAUGGUUGGAAACGUUGGGCAUAAUUCAUUGGAAUUUUGCCAACCUUUGGAUGAGCUUUCCUAAGGAGGGUGGUGACGAGAGGAUCACAUUGACAACCAUGGGUUCUAGUGUUAAACCACGGGCAGCCCUCAAGGCGUUAGUAGCUCAACAGCCCGCUUAUUGGUUGGUGGCUAUGGCCACGGAUGUGCCAGCCAAGAAAGAACCGAAAGAGGUAGUCCCACCUGAAAUUCAACAUGUGUUGGAUGACUUCACCGACCCAUUUGAAGAGCCAACCGAAAUCGAAUGUUUGGUGAAGGAAAUGAUAGAAGGAGGGAUCAUGAGGCCGAGUGCCAGCCCUUUCUCCUCCACGGUCCUCCUUGUGAAGAAGAAGGAUGGAUCGUGGCGUUUUUGCAUUGACUAUAGGGCACUCAAUGAUGCUACCAUUAAGGAUCGUCAUCCAAUCCCGGUGAUAGAUGAAUUAUUGGAUGAACUUGCCGGGUCCUCCAUCUUCUCAAAGCUAGACCUACGUGUUGGGUAUCACCAAAUAAGAAUGGAGGAAAGGGAUAGGGCUGAGAGGAUUUUUGGGCUCACGGGGUAUUACCGGAGGUUUAUACAAGGGUAUGGGACGAUAGCUUCACCCUUGACAAAAAUGUUGAAGAAGGGUUUGUUUGCUUGGACCGACCAGUCCCGGAAGGCCUUCGAUCAGUUGAAGGCAGCUAUGCUAGCAGCCCCGGUGCUAACGCUUCCCGAUUUCACGAAGGAAUUCUUGGUGGAGACCGACGCAAGUGACACGGGUGUGGGAGCCGUCCCUAGUCAGUCUGGCCACCCGAUAGCCUUUAUCUCCAAGGCUCUUAUGCAAAGAGCAAAGCCACUUUCCACAUACGAAAAGGAGCUUCUAGCCAUCGUGAUGGCCGUGAAAAAGUGGCAUCCCUACUUGAUUGGUCGGAGGUUUAAGGUGAGGACCGACCACAAUAGCCUAUGUUACAUGAUGAAACAAAGGGUUUCCACUCCAACGCAACAACGGUGGUUAGCCAAGCUCCUUGGCUAUGAUUUUGAGAUUGAAUACAAACGUGGGGAUGAUAACACGGCUGCGAACUCCCUCUCACGCCUUAGUGAGCAGCUUAUGACAUUAUCGGUUUUGGAAACCGACCUUUGGGACAAGAUUCAGACAGCCCAAUGGAAAGAUGAGAGCCUUUGGCUGUUGACGGUAUCUCUCCAACAACACCCGGGCUCCAUACCUUUAUACAGCCUAAAAGGAGGCCUAUUGUGUCGCAAGGGCAAGGUCGUAAUACCGAAAUGA